AUGGCUUCAGACCCUCUCCUCCCCGUCCCGAUCUCGUAUAUCGCGGGUAGCUACUUUCUCUUCUCUAUUGAUGCCGUGACGUAUCUGAGACGCGAGCACCACAUCUGCGGCGUGCUCACCGGCACCCUGCCGCAGAUCCCCCAGCAGAACGUGUUUCUGGGGCUGCCGCUGAAGCUGAUGCCCGAGGAGGCGCGGCUGCUGGUGGAGCACGGUGUAGCUUGCAUUGUAGACGAGGUAAAAGCGCAGCGCGAGGGCAUGCGCGCCCUCCGCGAGGUCGACCGCCUGAAGUAUCGCCGCGAGCUAGAAUCCCAGGGCGCCCACGCCAUGCGGCUGCAGACCAACCGCAAGGAGCAGCAACGCGAGGCGGCGCUGAAGCGGGUAGACGCGAAGAAAACCGCCGCGAAGAAGAAGGCUGCUGCUGCUGCUGCUGCUGCUGCUGCUGCCGCCGCCGUGAGUGAGGGUGAGGGUGAGGGUGAGGGUGAGAGUGGGGAUGAGGCCCACCAACUCCUCCCACCGCCCACCGUGCCCCCCUCCUACCCGCUCUUCGCCCACCUCCACGCAGAGGGGUACUACCUCUCGCCUGGCCUGCGCUUCGGCUGCCAGUACCUGGCGUACCCCGGCGACCCGCUGCGGUUUCACUCGCAUUUCCUGGUGAUCGCGGCCGACUGGGACGAGGAGCUCGAUCUGAUGGCCGUCGUCGCGGGCGGACGGCUGGGCACCGGCGUCAAGAAGGGGUUUUUGAUUGGCGGGGCGGCGCAGCCGAGGGAGGAUGAGUCGGGGCUGGGGGGUGCGGGGAAUGUGCGGACGUUUAGUGUUGAGUGGGCGGGGAUGUGA